AUGCCAGGCAUCAUUGCCCAACAGGCGUCAGUUCUAUUGCUGUUGACUCUGAUAAUCACAGCAACUAAACCCAGCUAUGCCUUGGAUCUUCUCCCCGAAAGCUCAGACUCCUGCCCAAUCUCAUACAAGCAGUGCGGCAGCACGAAACUCCCAGCUGACUUCUGCUGCCCAUCAACAUCCACCUGCAUAAGUUUGGAUAAUGCAAGCUCAGCCAUUUGCUGUCCCACUGGCUCGGACUGCGCUUUUAUCUCGCCGGUUACUUGCGAUGUCUCCCAGCAGGAUGCAGCACUGCACCCCGAGAGCGCCGUCAAGACCACCCGGUUGAACGGCACACUUCCCACAUGCGGCGACGACUGCUGCCCCUUUGGAUACUCCUGUCAAGACGGAAACGCCUGCAAAAUGGACAAGAGUACAGCGUCAACGGCGACUGCUGUCUUGCCGGAUACGUCGACCACCACCUCAUCUACUACCAGUCAUACAACAACCGAGUCAGACUCGUCAUCAACGACCACGUCUACACAAGCAACUCCGACAACCCCAGCACUGACAUUCACCCCUAUCCAAUCCCCAUCAAUAACAACCAUCACCUCCUCCAAAGCGGCCUCAGCUGCAGAAAGCCAGCAAACCUGCUCCCUCGCCAGAUCCUGCCCCUCCUUCCCCAGCAAAGCAGUGGUAGCAGGCUUCUUCCCCGGUGUCGUUUUUGGCACAAUCCUUGCCCUCCUAAUAGCAACCUGUCUCCGUCACCGCGCACGCCGUAACGAACCGCUCAUCCAAGAAUCAAAACACACAGGACCCCAGUGGUCCCAGCGUUCUUCGAACGGAGCUCUAAUCGGAAUAUCCAAUCCUAUCGCCUCAGACGACGGGUCCUACCGCACAGACUUCCUCCUGCGUCCCGCAGAAGCAAAAAGAGCCUCGACAGGUGCCAGAUCUAUGCUUUCCAGAACAGGGACUCGAGUCCGCAGUCUUUUUUCCGGUAAUCCCACCUAUGAGAAAGACGUUCCUCCCGUACCGGCGCCGUAUCCCACUACUCCACCGAGACAGCGUGCAUCAAGCACAGAGAGUAUACGGGUGUUCUCGCCGCCGGGAGCGUUUGCACAGUCUUCAAAGUUCCUGGGCCCGGAGCCGUAUCCGAGGGCUAUUGCGCGACCAGAUACUACAUUUACGGACUUGAUGCAGGUUGUUGGGUUUGGGGAGAAGAAUGGAGAUGUGGGGAAGAUCUCGGAGAAAGGGUGA